AUGUUGAACUUGAUUUAUAGACGAGUUGAGGUCUCUCCGGAGUACCCAGUUUGUGGAGGAGCGAAUGAAUAUGUUAUUCAUGUUUUUUUGGACUGCCCUAUGGCGCAUGAGGUUUGGCGCGUUUCUGGUCUGAAUGUUCACACUGCUAGUCAUGCCUCCUUUGUGGCUUGGCUUCAUGAUGUUUUCAUGCUGUUUAUGAUUAAGCAGAUUAAUAUGGUGGCGGCUAUUCUAGUUGGUUUGUGGCAGGCGCGCAAUAAAGCCCUAUGGAAUGGGGCGAUAACCAAGCCACAUGGCGUGUGGAGGGCAGCUGUGUCAUCGCUACAACAUUGGGCUCAGACAUGUGAUGCUGUGGAGGUUGGUGGUGUGUCUCACGCUGGUAGUAUGCCUCAUGUGAAUAGCGUUGCUAGCUUGGUGUGUAGGGUGGAUGCAGGCAUUGAUUUUGCGAUGGGUAGAGUCUUGUUUGGAGCUUAUUUGGCCAUCAGUGAAGAGGGUUUUAUAACUGCUAUUAAUGGUACUUUGGACUGUAUUCUUGAUCCCCUCUUGGCCUAA